AACAAUGUGAGUGCUGAAGUAAAAAUAUGGCUAUGUGUUGAGUUUGAAUUAAUUUGAAAUACUUCUCAAUAAUAAUAAUUUAAAAAGAUAAAAAUAUAUAAAUGUGAAGACUUGUUCAAAGUAAAAUAAUGAAUAAUGUGGAAAAACAUCUCGGCCGUCCUGGUAAGGAGGCGAUACAUUCUGGUCACUUCAUGGUGUCGCAUUUUGAGGCAGAGGAUCAAGACGAUUAUGAUGAUUUAGCUGUACCCGUCCCAGACGAAGAACAAAAUGUACAGAAAGAAACCGCAGUGGCAACAUACACCGUGCCUCCGACGUCAGAAACAUUCCAACUUUGUGACAAAGAGGAGUCUAAACAACAUCAACAACUUUCCAUUGAGAUAUCUCUUACAAAAUUAUUCAAAUGCAUGACUUUAGCGUACAGACAAAAACUAACCUCACCUAAAUGGAAUCGUUUCAAAGGUAUAAAACUACGGUGGAAGGACAAAAUAAGAUUGAACAACGUUAUAUGGAGGUGCUGGCAUAUGCAAUUCAUAAAGAAACAAAACACUUUGGUGUGUCAGUUUGCUUCACCAUUGGAUGUUGACACCCAUGUAAAGCCAGAGACAACAAUAUUAGAAGGAAAGUAUUGGAAAAGACGAGCCGAAGCCGUAAUAGCAGAGUACAAAAAAUGGCGAAUGUUUCAUAUUAUGCGACUCCUUGGCAAGGGGGACACCUCCGUCCAGGACACCAUGUCAAUACUGGGUUUUCAGAUGUCGGACAUGGACACGAUGGAGUCACAGUGCAGCGACUUCGCUGCCAACAUGCUGACCGAUGAGGACUACCUAAACUUCAUGAGUGACACGCUGUUCUCUACCAUCACAAACCACCAACCGUUCGCCUUCCCCGAUUGCAGAGAGAUCGCUAGAGGCGCAAGCUUAGCCGAUUUUAUCCAACCGAGCUUAGGUCCUCUUCAGCCUAACCUCGAUGAUUUUAUGGACACUUUGGAACCACUGCAAGACCUUUUGUCCCUGCCCCGACUGCCGCCCGUGCCAGAAGAGACGGCGAUCACAUCAGAAGACACAAUGUACAGGAACACGAUGUCCGUAGAGUCUUACGGCGCUCAGAACUACAUCACCAGCGUCCAAAACAUAAACACCGUCACGAUGCCCACCAGUCAGAUGACUAUACAUGGUUCCAAUAACAGUAGUCAGGUUAUAUCGAUGCCUGAGCCAGGAAAAGGUGAGCAGCUGAGAAUGUAUGAUAAUGGACGGCUAUACAAUCAGACGGAGAUGCCUAGCAACAUAAUGGGAGCUCAGGAAGUUUUGCCGACGUACCAGACCAAUACGUAUGAAACUCAACCGCCAGCGCAGACGGAGCCUAUACUGAAUAACGCCUACGCGAUCAAAUCGCCCCGGGUGCAGUACGUGAACGCGCAACCUAAAAUAAUCACACAAAAUGAUCCCGGCUACCCGAAAUAUAAUGCUCCGUUGCCGCCCUCUCAAACGGCACCGGAGACGGUCUCGCUUUUGCAGCAGCCCGUACAGAAUCCGAAAUAUGCAUCGCCCGUCGUGAUCCAGGGGCGAAGCGCGUACAGCCGCGACAAGCAGCGCUCGCGGCUCGGCUACGCCGGUCAGGUCAACAACCAAUACCAGAGUUACUCGCAAGGAAUGCAAUCUCAAGUGCACGCGUCGCACGCCGCGCAACUGCCGCAAGCGUCCCAUGCGGGGCACGUGUCGCACGCCCCACACGCGUCGCAGGCCUACGAGCCGCAGAUGCUCAGGUUGUCGACGCCGGAGGUCCAGUACCUGCAACCCGUCGACUACAAGACGAAGCCGGCCGGCGCGACGGUCAAUGCUAAAACUUUCAAACUGCCCUCCCCUCCGUUGGCGCCAGCCGCCUCAUCUCAACAGUCGGCUGGGCCCCUCAACGCCAGCGUGAGUCGCGGCAAGGAGCAGUACCGCUCGCACAGCUUACCGCUCGGCGCGCAGCUCGGCCCGGACUGGGCCGUAACCGCGCCCGCACCCGCACCCGCACACGCGCCCGCACACGACGUCACGCACGCCGCACGGCCGCGAGAGUCGAACCCUGCCGCGCUGCGCAUUCGGUCGCGGUCGCAGUCGAGCGGCAUGGGCGGCGAGGGCGGAGCAGGAGGCGGGGCGCGCCACCCGCCGCCGCUAACGAGCGUGGCGAGCGAGCCCGCGCUGCCGCAGGCUAGCGUCAUGCUCGCGCAGCUGCUGUCCGCCAAGCACUCUCAGAGUCUAUACAAGUUUAACAAUAUGGAGGAGAGCGCGGAGCCGACAAAGUCGCCGGUGCUGCGGGGCCAGCCUUCGCCGCUGGGCAGUGACGUCAUCUCGCCGCACCACUCGCGUGCGCAGUCUACGUCGCCGCCCGGGUCGCCGGCGUCGGGGCGAGCUUCAGGCGGCGCGAGCCCGCACGAGCGUGCGCGCACGCACCUCCACGCCGAGCAGAAGCGCCGCUACAACAUCAAGAACGGCUUCGACACGCUGCAAGCGCUAAUACCCCACCUCAACAACAAUCCCGCCGCUAAGAUAAGCAAAGCUGCCAUGCUGCAGAAGGGCGCCGAGUACAUCAAACAGUUGAAAGCCGAGAGGAAUCAGAUUAAGGAGGAAAUGGAGAGCUUAAGACAGCAAAUAGAAUGUUUAAAUAACUCAAUAUCCAACUGCCACUCGCUGCUGCCGGCGACGGGGGCGCCGGUGUCCCGCGCGCGCGCCGGCCGCCUGCGCGAGAUGUUCGCGGCACACGUCGCGGCCCGCACCAUACACAACUGGAAGUAUUGGCUCUUUAGCGUGGUGAGCGCGGCGCUGGUGGAGUCGUUCAGCGCGUGCGCGUCGUGCAGCAGCGCCGCCGACCUCGUGCGCACCACGCUGCUGUGGGCCGAGCAGCACUGCUCGCUCGUCGAGAUGAGACCAGCGGUGCUGAACUCCCUGCGCGUGCUGUGUACUACCACGGACAUCCUCACGAGCCCCGAGCGGCUGGCGGACGAGGCGCGCGCAGCCGCCGCCGCCGCCACCACCGUCAAGCGCGAGCCGACAUAACCCCGCCCCGCCGCCCCCAGCGAGCGUGAGCUUAGCUCCGCCCCUGCGUCGCGUCUCGCCUCGCCCCCAAUACAAUGUGACACGUGUAUCGCACAGGUUUGCGUUGCUAACAUCGAGUAGUGCUUAAGCCUUAAGUCGAUGUUGAUAAACUUAAUAUUAUGUAACCUCUAUGUGCCUUAUACAAUGCAAAUGUUUUAUAUAGGUGAGAUAGUUGUAAAUGCGGGCUCGAAGUUAUUAUAAAUACAGAUGAAUGUUAUAUUGUUAUAACUACGAUCGACAGGAUAGUAGUCUAUUGCCAAUUUUAAAUAUUGUUUUCCAAAUUAUUAGUAAAUAUAUACAACCCGGUCAAAAUAUCAGUUGACUAGAUUUGACAACGUCAUUACAGGGCGGCCAUGUUAUCCGCCACGCUGCACGCCAGCAGUCUACAAAUAAUUUAACCGGGUUGUUAUAAAAUAAAUACUGUAAAAGUUAUGCGACGUGUGUUGCAAAUACGGGCGGCGCAUUAGGUUGGCAGCUUAUUUUAUAUAUCAAAGUAUGUUGAAUUUGUUGAUACCGUAUGUUUUCAAUUUUCAGCCCUCCGAACUUUAGCUUGCGUCUGUAUUGGGGGCACCAUUGUGCAAAACGGGCUCAGACCCAACCUAAAUACUCAAAAUGAUGUGUCGAUCUCUCGUCGGUCGAUACGUGCUUAUGUGCAAUCUAUUGGUGUUCAUAUGUUGAUGAUGCGUUCGAACGCACAACGUCAUGUUGCGGGGUAUCCGUGUUGAUGUCGAAAUUAAGAAUUUACGAAUUGUUAAUUCUAAAUUUAAUUGUCAUUGUGUUUUCGGUUUUUUGACUUGCUGUUCAUACAUCACAUAAUAUUGUCGUUCAGAUCUAACUACGGGUACGGGAAGAUGUGCCUUACAUAUUGUAAUAAGUUGUAUAUAAAUGUAAUAUAUGUACAGUGAUGGUUUAGAACCGAACCAAAGAAUGAGACUACGCUCACGAGCGAUGUGCGGUGUGCAUCCGUGUGCGUUUGUACCGAGUCCUAGUACUAUCCGGUGUGACAAACUUUAAACUAUAUGAUUAUCUGAAACUAAAACAAACCGUUGUUAGAUUUUAUAGCCAAUAGCAUGGCAAUUUUGGAAAGAGAGGGUUAUAAGUUUGUCGCACCGCCGUUUCUCAGCCGAUUUCGCGAGAACACCGACCUAUAUACGUUAAGUGCUAAAGAGAAUUUAUAUUGUGACGGCGAGAUUUAAUUUAGAAAUAUUGUAAGUAAUUCGCGUAAGAUUGUAUAGGUAAAUAUUUUUAUAUCGUUUGUGUAUUCACACGAAUUAUUUUUAUAUUAACUAUAUGAAUCGGUGCCAACGUAAAUAUUGUUGUAUGUAAUAAUUGUUAUGUAGUGAAUUAAUUUUAUGACGUGUCGUCGAGUCUUGGAGAUGUGAGCUUUAAUGCAAUGUUUGCACUUGUUGUUCUAUUGGAAAUACAAUUUGGAAUGAUUCUAUAUUUUA